AUGGAAAACUCAAAAUCCUCAUCAGAGUCCUUAAAUAACUCAUCCAAAAACAUCCAACAAAAUAAGCCAAUUUCCUCAAAUGAUGGAAAGAAAUUUAUUGGAGUUAGACAAAGGCCAUCAGGCAGAUGGGUUGCUGAAAUCAAAGAAACUUCACAAAAACUCAGGCUAUGGCUUGGUACUUUUGACAAAGCAGAGGAAGCUGCUCUGGCUUAUGAUAGUGCUGCACGUCUUCUUCGAGGAAGAAACGCGAAAACAAAUUUCAAGAACCAGGGAAUCUUGAAACCAAAUGAAGAGAAUUGCAGUUUGUUGGAAAAAAAUCCAAGAUUAUAUCAACUUAUGAAACAUGCCAUCAUGAAGAAACUUGCAGGGAAAUAUCAAAAUAAUGAACGUUUAGAAACAGAGGAGGAAUUAGUUCAAGAAAGUAUAAAUAAAGAAGAGAUCUGUGAGAUUCAAUUACAGGGAAGUUCAAAGGUUUAUUCUUCUGUGAUUGUGGCUCCUUCUUUUAGUAAUAAUGAAAAAUCGUAUCAAUUUUAG